AUGUUUAAUGCUUAUUCAAUUGAAGAAGUUGUUUCUAAACUUCCACUUGAAGCUAAUUCUAUAUCAAAUUAUGGUUAUAUUCAUAUUCUUUUUAAUAUUUUUAAUUUUUUUAAAGGUGAUACAUUAUUAAUUGGUUCAAAACAAGGACAUUUAAUUUGUUGUUCACAAACUUUUUUAUCGGGUCACAAUAUUCCCUCUUAUGAUUAUCAAGUUUGCCGUUCUUUCGAAAGACGUCAAAUAAUUAAUUUAUCUGUGAUAGAAUCGUUAGACAAAAUUAUUUGCCUUACUGAUACACAUUUGUCAAUUCAUGAAGCUUUUGCUCCCUACAGGUUAAUUAGCAGUAUUACAAAAUAUAAACAAAUAUUGUGUUUUGCUCAUUUAAUUGAACAGAACAUUCUUUAUAUUUUAAUUUCAAUUAAAAAUCGUCUUAUAAUUUUCCAACAUUUGGAAGAAAAAUUAGAAGAAAUUGGGUGUCAAUCAAAUAGUUUAUUUAUUUCUACUAAAUUAGAACAUUAUUUUGCUAAAUUAACAAUUAUUCAAACUAACGGGAAAGAGGCCUUCAAUCAAAUUUCAAUUUCUGAAUUUCCUCGUUUACUUUUGUCAAUCCCUACUCGUUCUUCUGAUUUAUCCCUUCAAAUUUCUGCCUGUUUAUUAUUUGAUAAACAAAUUGUUGCUUUAAAUAAAGAUGAAAAAAGUUUAGAAUUUUUUGAUUUGGAAAGUGGGGGACAGACAAAAUUAAUUGAAAAUGAAGAAAAUUGUUGUCAAUUUACUGAGGGAAUUGUUGAUUUUGUUUAUGAUUCACCAUAUAUUUUGGCAAUUUUAUGUACUAAUUGUAUUGAAAUACGUUUAAUAACUCCUUCAAUUUUUAUUCAAAAAAUUAAUUUAAAUAAAGUUUUUAUGUUAAAUAUUGGAAGAAGGUUUGAAAAAUUUUUUUUUAUUUUUAAAAUAAUUUUUAGAGGUUCAAUUUAUGCAGCAAAUGAUACACAAGCUUGGAAAUUAAAUACACAAAAUAAACUUAGGGAUAAUUUAAAAUUUUUAAAUUUAAAUGGACACCACGAAAUUGCUUUACAAAUUGCUAAUGUUUAUUCUGAUGUUGUAGAUGAAAAAGAAAUUGUUAAUUUAAAAAAGUCAAUUGCAGCUAAAUCUUUUUUGGAGAGAAAAUUUUCUAAAUGUUUUGAUAUACAUGCUGAAUUAAAAACUGAUCUUCUAUUUAUUAUUAAUUUAUUUCCAAAAUUUCUUCCUGAAAAAUAUUCUUGUUCAACCGAAAAAUUUAUUAAUGAAAUUAAAUUGUAUGGAAUUUCAAAUGAAGAAAAUUCUUUGGAUGAAGAAGAAAUUCAUAAAAAAGCAGUUGAUGCCCUUAUUAAAUUCAUUUCAAUGAAAAGACAAGAACAUUCAAAGCCAAUUAAUUUACAUUUUUUGGAUUACAAAGAAGAAAGAAAAGAAAAUAUUCUUUCAACAAAUUCAUUAAAACGACAUGAAGUAGCGUUGGAAUUAAUUGAUACUGUUCUGUUAAAGGCUUAUUUAAUGAUAAAUCCAAAACUUAUCGGUCCAUUAUUGAGACUUAAAAAUUGUUGUUGUAUUAUUUCUGAAGCUGAAAAAGAUUUGAAAAAAGCUGGAUUGUUUGAGGAAUUGCUAAUUUUAUAUGAAAGGAAGAAAAUGUUUAGAAAAUAUCUCGAAUAUUUUCAAAGAGAAGUUAAAAAACCUGAAGCAGCUACACAUGCCCAUGGAAUUGAAAAAAUAGCUACUUUCUUAAUGAAAUUAAAAUCUGAACAACUUUCUUUAAUUUUAGAAUUUUCUCCAAUUGUUUUGGCUGAAGAUAUUGAAUUGGGUGUUAAGAUUUUUACGGGUAUUGAUUCUUCCGUAGAUGCAAAAAAUUUUGAUAGAGAUUCUGUUUUACAAUUUUUGAAGCGACAAUUUCCUGCUGCUGUUAUUCCUUAUUUGGAACAUAUAAUUUACGAAUGGGAAGAUAAAAGGCCAAAAUUUCAUGAAGAACUUGUACUUCAAUAUAUUACUAGAAUUAAAUCUCUUUUAUCUCAAUUUGUUAAAUUACCCGUAAAUAAUCAAUUUAUGCGUUCAUUAUCUUCAAAUGAUGAAAAUAUUGAUAAUAAUGAAUUGGUAAUUUUAAGAAGAAAACUUAGAGCAUUUUUGGAGACUGAUAAAUAUUAUACAGUGAAGGAUACGUUGAAGUUAAUUGAAAAAGAUGAAGUUUUGGCCGAUGAACAGGCAAUCCUUUAUGGUCGGCUAGGUCAACAUAAAGAAGCCCUUUCAAUUUAUACAAAUAAAUUAGUUGAUUUUGCUGCAGCAGAGAGACAUUGUUUAAUUUAUUAUAACGAAAACGAUUUAAAUAAUUCUCAAAUUUUUUACAAUUUAUUUUGUUCUUAUGUUUCUGGUGGAGAUGAAAUUAAUAGAAAAAAAUCGAAAGAAAAUGGAGAAAAACAAAUUGUAUCAGUAGAACAUUCUCCACAGAAAAGGCCAAAUAUAACAGAAGCUUUGAAAUUGUUGAGGAGACACGCAAAUAAAAUAAAUAUUGGUUUGUUUUUGGAAUGUUUUUUAAGGUAGAACUGAGGUUUUUUUGGUAUUUUUUAUUUCGAUAUUUUUGGCAUUUUGAUUUUUUAACUUUUGUACUUCUCCCAGUUUUUUUUAAAUUAUUUUUAAAAAUCAUAAAAAAUUCUAAUUAUUUUUUAGUUAAAGCCUUUGCAUUAAUUCCAUCAGAAACACCAUUAUUAAGGAUAGAUAUAGCGUUAAAGGCUGUUUUUGAAACACUUUGUACUCGACUAACUAUGUGCCUUUGUCCGUCAUCGUUUUGACUCAAUUUCUCAUUUCUUUUGUCAUCGC